UCGGCUAUUGUUCAUAAUUCAAUUCCUCAACCCCAGAAAUUGUUUUUGUGAAUUUGGAAAAUGGAUUAARAGUCGCGUGUUCCAUGCCAGAGGGCUUACCCGUACGCAACUGCAAUUGCUAGCCUCUCAGAGAUGGUUGAGAUAAAAGUAAUAAAGCAACAAGUCAUAGGCUUAGAUUGUAACGGUAAGAUAUCGAGACCUAUAAUCAAGAUAAGCAAAGACCACGAGCCGGUGAGUCGAGUUUUCUAUUCUUGAUGGUAUAAGUCUGUAAGCUAUUCGGCACAAACUACAACAUGAAGUCACUCAAUGUAACGUAGCUUUCUGCAACGAAAAAUUACCAGCCAGGUUAUAAUUCCCUGGUAAGGAUAAAGCGAUGGUAAAUUCAUGUCGUUAUGGAGGAUUUUUGUCACAGAUUUAAUACUUACUUACCGAUUUAAUCUUUUUAUUCCCGUGCGAAWAUUUGGAAAGAAGUGUUUUACUGGAUGAACAGCCAGAUUCAUAACCACAAUGUCACCGACUAGGAAGUCAUCAAAUYWUAAAACAACACAUUCGUCUUCCACAAGUAGCAGGUCUAGUUCUGCGAAGACAAAGUCAUCAAAGACUSUUCAUCGACAGAGAACGCUUAGUAAAAAAGAACAAUCGAGGGAUGGAUUGUUUCAUCGUCGACUKUUCACGAACAGYAGGGAGAGAUGGAGACAAUACCAAGUCAACAUCGCAUUUGCAGAACUAAGAAAAUUACUACCGACCUAUCCAACUGACAAAAAGCUAUCCAAACACGAGAUACUUCGUACRACCAUGAAAUACAUUUGCUUUCUUGACAAACUACUCCAUGAUUUGGGUCAAAAUGACGACGUUACACAAGUUCAGUUUCGUGAGAAUCCAAACAGCUUGGAGUCUUGGAGUUCUGAGGAAACAGCCAGUUGCGGCAAUGAAAUAUCGGGGUUAAAUCUAGCGAACUGCAGUGAUGAUGUGAUURAAGACAAAAUUGGUCUUACUUCUCAUGGACAGAUCCGAUCUAUUAACGACACUCGGGAAAAAGCCGAUAAUAUUCACGAUUAUACCAGCAUGUAUGUACCUGCCCAAAGUCCUUCAUAGAACUAGAGUAUAUAUACACAAAGCAGUACAUAACAACAUCUGUUUGCAAUAGCAUGAUUAUAGAAGAGUUCUUUAACGAAUUUUAAAACGGUUUAGUMGGCUCUGCUUGCGUGGAAAUUUGUCGAAAAAUCGCUUUAAAAGGAGCAAGUAAAACGUCAAACUACAAUGUAAGGAAAAAAAGAGAAAAACAUUGAAAUAAGGCAGUCAUGCUGACUUCGAUAAUGCGCGAAUUACUAUAGUAAAUGCCGGAAUAUCUUAAUGAAAACAGCAGCAGCUCAGAGGUUCUUCGUGCUACUCAGUUCUAGAUACUUCCAUCAGGUCUACUUAUUAUAAAAUAACUAUAACUGAAAACGAUUCACUUUUUAAAAAAAUGGGUUCCAAACGAGAAAUGAAACAUGACCACAGAUGAUGAAGGAUACGAAAUGAUCACACAGCUGCUCAUGAAAAAAAAAUAAAAUAACGUGGUCCAGAUGGCAUCCAAUACUUGCGGGCACUUUUUCUGCACGAUAAAAGAUUCAUUACACAAGUCAWUUCAUCUAAAACAUACUAGAAAUGAGAACUUAGAAAAGGUAUAGCUCUAGAAGUGACCAGCGUUUUACCUCRUGUGUCAGGAAUGGUUUUAUAAUGGCAGUGAGGACCAGGGUUAGCCUAGUGAUGAGUUUCUAAAAGCAUGGCUUUGCUCUUUGCCCAGAAAAUCUUCCUUAAAGUUGGAUGCUUUUAGCAAACUAACUUAUCAUUUUCUCUUCAAAGUAUCUUAAUUGGUUUGAGAUCUACUCAACAAUUCUCACAUAUCUGACAAGUUGAAAUAUCACAUGAUCAGCGAAUCAAAACUAGUAAAAGAGUACAAGACUCUCRUCCGUUGCUUUUUCCAUGAUUUCCCAAAGUGCCUUCAAGAGAGGAAGUAAGUUGUUAAUCAAAAUCUUAUCACUGAAUACGCACGACUUAGAGGAUGUAAUGAUACGUUAAAUUCCAGUUGCAAUAAAAACUAAAAACACUAUUGCUGUCCUCUAUGAAAGGGAUCAAAUCUGUUUAUAUCUYAGUCAUACUCCCUGAGCUUCAGUAUAAAUUAUUUUGCACCCCGCGUAACGUGCAUAGUCUGUUGUUGAGAUAACUGCUG